AUGCUGCGAGCGCCAGGACUAGGCCUCAGGGCGCGGAAGGGGGCCGAGGGUUCCGCGGAGGACUUGGGGGGCUCCUGCCCCGGGGCCGGGAAGGAUAUGGGGGUGCUGCGAGCGAGCCGCGCUCCCCACGGCCUGGGCGAAGCGGAGGAGCCCGCGGGCCGGAGGCGCGCGCGGCCCGUGCGGUCCAAGGCGCGGCGCAUGGCGGCCAACGUGCGGGAGCGCAAGCGCAUCCUGGACUACAACGAGGCGUUCAACGCGCUGCGUCGGGCGCUGCGGCACGACCUGGGCGGCAAGAGGCUCUCCAAGAUCGCCACGCUGCGCAGGGCCAUCCACCGCAUCGCCGCGCUCUCCUUCGCCUUGCGCGCCAGCCCCGCGCCCCGCGUGCCCUGCGGACACCUGGAGUGCCAUGGCCCGGCAGAGCGCGGGGUCCCGGGGGACGCGAGGGAUGACCCGGGCGCCAGUCUCCCGCCGCCCGCAGGGCCUGGCCUCGCGCGCCCAGAUGCCGCCCGCCCCCCGGUGCCGCCUGCGCCCCGCUGUGCCUCGUGCUCUCCGCACGCGCCCCCGGAACGACCCCGCGCUCUGGCCGAGGUGCCGCCCGGCCCAGCCCAGGCCUCCGGGGGAAGCUGGCGCCGAGGUCCAGGGGCUUCCUCCGCCGGGCCGCCUCCCUGACCGCGCGGCUACCUGCGAGCCAGCCCCGGGAUGGGCCCCCCGCACUCCUGA